CAGCCAUCGCGCCGAGUGUCAACUUGGUUUGACGGACUAUAUGAACAUGUAAACAUGUGGUGGGCCGGUUAAUUGAUGUGAGGUUAGGUAAAUGUAAAAUAGAAUUGCGUGACACGUGUAAAAAGAGUUGGAGAAGACACUGCGCACACAUUACUGCAGAUAUGGCCCUGUUCGUAUUCUGGACCAGCGCUUUCGUCUUUUGUGUACAACCGUUGAUAAGUUGUGCUAAAGGCACUGUGGAAACAGCACUGAUUGACCCAUUUGACAUGGGAAGAAUUGAUGCUUCUAAGGAUCAAGAAACACAAGAAUGGAUCGAUCCAUUUGAUAUGACAUGCUACAGCCACGGAGAAAGGAAGAUGGUGAAAGAACGCUCUAAGGCGUGUAAAAACUGCCCGAGUGAAAGAAAUGGAAUGGAAAAGAAUUUUUUGCAAAGACUGGUCAAUUUGUUGAUAAAUCAUUGCCAGAAUGGUGCUGUGGAAGACACUUCAAUACUUGUGACAGUGACGCAGGACCAGUUACGGGAGCUUUACCGACUGAAGGAGGCUGCUGACAGUGAAGCAACAGUUAGAGUGCUGAACGGAAUAUUUUCGUACAUGACAGUACAUGAGAAAUCCAGCUUUUUAGCAGAUAUUUUCAUCUCGGAUGAGGUUUGGUCAAAUAUUGCUGCAAUGAGUUUUGCCCUUUUACCAGUCUGUGUAUUUCUAAUGGGUGGAACGAUGAGGAGAAUUGUGCUGAUUCUUGCACUUUCUAUUUUUGCUGUAAGUUACUUUAAGACUCAAAAACUACUGCUUAAGAAACUAGAGUUGCAGAAUGAACGCAUUUUGAUGAAACAGACACAGUGCAGCCCACGUAGGCGAGCAUGGUUCAACUUCUUUGGUUCAGAUAAUGAAGCUGAGUGUUUAAAACAGCUACAUGCUCAGAAGAUUGAUCCUUCUCUAGAAGUUACACCAAUUCAAGUUGUUUCACAUAUGACAGCAGUUGGCUUGCUGCAGCCCAUGGAACACUUCAGCAUUAUGUUUUCACGUUUCUCGAACCAAAUAUUUGAAUCACAUUCGAUGCUGUACGGACUGUUUGUGUUCGUAAUUGCGGUUUUCGUUGUAAUUUACGUCAUCACAAUAUUCUGUGCUGGGAUUUUUGGUAGAAACUUCAGUGUCGGGAAUAGGCACAUCUCACUCGGAAUGAAAGGCAGUGCUGAACCGCACACCGAGAAGAUGCAGGCACUACUGGAACCUGCUGCACAAAAUCAGGUGGUUGGAAAACCAAACAUUGAAAUGGCGGUCAUUAACCGUGGACAUUCUCCUCAACCAGUGAUACAGAUAAUUCAUAAUUAUCCCAUUAAACAUGUUGAUGAGCCUGUUGUUGGAAGUGAUUGUCAAAUUAAGCAAGCUGCUUCUGAGAAAAACAUACACAAUAGUGAACUGAAAUUGGUAGAUUCUGUGGAAGAAGCUCACAAAAUUUCUGAGAUAACACUAGGCGGUUCUAGUAUAAAAGGUGAAACCUCAAAGACAUGCGAGUCACAAGACAAAGAGAAGUAGUAAAUUUUGUAUAAAAAUUUUAAGUCUACUGUCCUGUAUGUGUGGCUGUAUUGUUACCCAAAUGGUGUAGAUCACCCUAAAACAGUCCAAAAGUGCCUCCACAAAAGCCACUGGCAACAGGAUGUUGCAUUUCAGGCUAAAAUUUCCGAUACUUCAGAGUUGAAAGAACUUUCUGAAAUGCAUCAAAUUGCGUUGGCCGACACUGUUAUUGGUUCAUGUCUGAAGCCUUUCAGUUUUAAUUGUGGAGUUGAAGCAUAUCUUUGUGCUAUGUAAGUUUUAUAAGAAGUUGUUCACUAAAUGAAUCAGAGAAAUUGUUGUAUGCAAUUUAACACAGUGCUAAAAUUAUUAUUAUAAGAAAGGUGUAUUCACAUUAGUACUUAUUAACAAAAUUGGAGGAAAGUCUGUCUGACGAGAUACUUUUAUUCCAUAAAUAGAUGCAUUGUCAUCUCUUAUGUCAGUUAAAAUAAAGCUUUUUAAUGUUUUCUUUCAUAUUCAUAAAAUAAAUUCAACUGCAAUGUUUGAAAUUUUUUACUUAUCAUAUUGAAAUUUGUGUAUUUUGUGUUCUUAAUAGGAAUCGGGUGCAUUUCAUAAUGAUGUCACUUACACCAUUUGGUGUGCUCUUGGUGAUUGUUAAUCAUGGAAAAUUUGUAAUUUUUUACUAUAAGCAGCUGUAAUAAUGGACACUGGAAUGCAACAAAUUGGAUUAAUAUAUAACACAGUCAGAUGGUAGUAAGUUUGUUAUAACUUUUUAAUUUGUUUACAUGUAUUUUUUAUUCAUCUCAAAGUAAGCAUGAAACUGUCUUGCAUCAGAGGAGAAAACUAAGUGAGACAGGAUUGCUGGCCAGUCCUUGCCUGUAGUAGAUGAGAUGUAUAGUAAGAGGGCCACACUGUCCAGCUCUCAGAAGUUGUAGUUCCUUUGUAAAACACUAGUAAAGCACAUGACAAAGGUAAGAUCUCAUUUCAUGUAAACACUGGCACUUCUCUCUCCUUCUCCCCCCCCCCCCCCCUUUUUGAUUUUAUUUUUUUUAUUAUUUAUGUAUUCAUAGAUGUGUGAACAGAAAUCCCUGUCAACCAAAUUAUACUUUGUGUUUUUCAUUUCAUAUUGAACUGAUUUACUCAUAUUGCUUCCUGCAAUAGGGGCAUAUUUCAUAAUGGAGGAAUGAGCUAAAUAUGUUGAGUAACUCUUUCUCCAAGUGUGAAGAAAUCAAAUGAUACAUUCAUGACAUAUAUUAAUAAUAAUAAUGGGUAACAUGUAUAAAAGUAUAAGAUGACUUUCUCUGGUAUUCACUGUUAUUAGAUUUGUACGAAGUUUUUCCAGAAGUGUCGCUGUACACAUGUUAUUAAACACUAAUUCCUUGCAAUGGCUUAUGUCAGAGGACACUGAACAAUGAUGUAAAUUCAUUGUAAGGCUAUUGUGGUUUAUCUUCUGCACUAGUAGCUUGUCCAAGUGAAAUGAGCUCAGUUGUUUCACAGAUUUAGAGGCCCACCUACAUGCCAGUAUAAAAAAGGCAAUUUCUAAAGUCAAUCUGGUAGAGAAAAAUAGUCCAAAGAUGUAAACCUUCCUCCAAUAAUGUGAGGAUUUGCUUUGUGUCUGCUCUGAAAUGUGCACUAGGUAAGGAGAUUAACAUUCUAUAGCUCUCUGAAUCUUAAGGAGCAAACACAAACAAAUCAAAAUGCACUCUUUACUAUAAACUGCAUAUACUGAUGGUUUUCCCCAUCUUUCUUGUUUUACACAAAGUAAAUCUUGUUAUUUGCAUUGUGAUUGCACAUCUUCCUGUAGUAAAAGUGCUCUAAUUUCCAAGGGCUGAUUAUAAUAAAAUCCACUUCCUACUGGCUUAUUAGUCUUGUCUGACAAGUAAUGAUUUUUUUCAGUGCUUACCAUCAUAGGCCCUCCCAUACCCUCAUGUUACUGCUGGCCCUAUUUUAACAGGCCAUGCUCUCAGUAUUCUUACCUCCCCCAGCCAGUUAGACUGUUCCACUUAUUUCAUUCUGUCUUCUCUCUACUGCUGCCUGGUUAUAUUAUAUCCUAAAGCAGGGAAAAAAAUGUGGGCAGGCAACCAACCAUCUACAAAUAAAUGUAUUCCACACAAGGGCAUUUGGACUAACUUUCACUCCUUUCAGUGAAACACACACACACACACACACACACACACACACACACACACACACACACACACACAC